GCCGCGAGCUACAGUUCUUCAGCAACAACAAGGUACAUUCGUUGCUGUGAAAGCCAAGGCCAGGACGCAGUAACCAUACCCAUGGAAGUAUUCUCUUCUGGACUGUGAAAAUGCCGGGAAGAACCGCCAGCGCACGACGGCAACGCGUCUUCGACUCCGUCUUUGGCAAAGCCAGCAUCUCACUGCCCACGCCUGUUGCCACACCUGCCACGGGCUUCACACCAUCGGGUCAGAUUUUUGGAGUACCGCCGGCUAGGCCGAAUGUCCCAGAUGGCCUGGGACAAUCUCUGGCUAAUGUUCGGGAUGAUGCGGGACAUCGAAGUCAAUCAAGAGAGGUUCCCUCUUUCGUAGCGAGUCACGUCAAUGACCAGGUUCGAUGGGACCGUUCGUGGCACAUGGUCACUCACCAGCUCCACCUUCCAGACUUUCCAGAGAACCGGGGCGUUCUGGAGCCUUUGAGACCUGAGAGAGAUUCCAUUGGUGCCGACUUCUACAAUGCGCUGGAGGUCGUUCUCUACCCUCAACAAUACGUUCCUCUUGCUCGCCAGACAGAAGACAUCGUCGCUUGGCACACCUCCCAAGUCCGGCAACAUUUUCUACAGCAGGUUUUCCCAAUUUUAUCAUGUUUAAAGAGUCAGACCGAUCCUAGGGCGCUACUCCUUCGAGGCGUCAAAAUCCUUGAAACAGCCCACCGCCAGUAUCUCCACGGACUUUCCUUCAUCAAGGAGCAAAUCGACACCUCAGCACCGGAAACCUCACAACUGGUCAUUACAAGAUUCGCACGGGAUCUCCAUGCUAUAAUCAGCAACUCCUCCAUUGAGCCACUUCAAGAUGCUCUCAAGAAGGUUUUGGGCUGGCAUGUCUUCGCAAUUCUCGGCUUACCCAAGACGACUUCAUUGUACGGACCUUACAGGGUGACUGAAUCAAAGAGUCACCACAUAGCAGCUGAAAACCAGGAAACCGAAAAAUCUCGCCGUGAGCUCUUAGGGCUUGUAGAAUCUCUGAACAAUGUCGGGUUGACUGGGGAGAAGUUCCACGUCGCCUUCGCUGAGAUUAUGAACGAUGCAAUGACGGAGUACGUAUAUCACGGCUGCAAAGGAAUUUGGUCACCAGUCAAGGAUGGCCUGCGCUCCGAAUUCGAUGUACCAGGUCAUGUCGAACAUUCAUCCAAGAAGGCCAACCCCAGCUUAUUGCUACCAAGGACUGCGCAUCACUCAUCCCCCUCUAGAUGCGUUACUGAUCUCUGUGAAUGGAUUGAGAACAGAUACGCUAAGCUUGCAGUGCAAGUUCUCAGCAUGCUCGACACCAAGAUUAAGGUGUCUUGGAUUGACAUGGAAAAAUUCAAGGUGAUUAGUAUUGAUCGACUCGCGAACCUUCGAAUCAACGAGCUUUUCGAUAUUGUUGUCAAUUGGCCGCGUAGCAGCGGGGCUCUGGACGAUCUUCGAACUGCAAUUACAACAGCUGAGAAACGCCUCCGUUUGACUGAUGUGUUUGCACAUACCUUAAAUAACAAUCUUCUACAUCCAGGGGCCUCGACGAUUUUGAUCUUGCAGACGUACAUUUCCAUGAUCCGGUCAUUCCAUGCCUUGGAUCACUCGAAAGUACUGCUAGAUCGAGUUGCAUACGCCCUCCAGCUAUACCUGUGUUCAAGGGAGGACACGGUGCGCAUCAUCAUUACUGGACUUCUUUCAAAUACGGAAGACAGCAAAGGCAACCCGAUCGAGCCCACUGGAGACAAGCUGGUAGAGCUGGCACACCUACUAAAUGAUAGCUCCGAAAAUUUUGGACACAGAGCAAAUGACGAAGAACUGGACUGGCAUGAUCCGGACUGGAUACCUGAUCCUGUCGAUGCUGGACCGGGAUAUAAACGGUCGAAGACUGCAGACGUUAUAGGCACUUUGAUUGGGGUCCUUGGAUCUCCAGAGGUGUUCAUCAAAGAAUUUCAGAACAUCAUUGGAGAGAACUUCUUGAAACACGAUGGGACUUUCGAGAAGGAAAUCAAAGUUCUUGAGCUAUUGAAAACCAGGUUUGGCGAAGCACCUCUCCAAGCUUGCGAGGUAAUGCUCAAGGACAUUCAAGAUUCAGGCAGAGUCAAUGGUGUUGUAAGAAGGAACCAAAACCUGGACCCAAGUGAAGAAGAGUUAAAUGCAGCUCGAACGAACCCAGACAUGUUGGACGAGAACAUGAGCCCUGAGGGCCUUCUCAAGCCAUCUCUGCAUGCAAAGAUUCUCUCGAGACUGUAUUGGCCUCAACUGCAAGAUGAGAACUAUCGAGUUCCAGAUACCAUUACCGAACUCCAGAGGAGAUAUGAAGAGGGUUUUGAGUCGCUCAAAGCCUCUCGAAAACUUACCUGGCUCCACACCUUGGGUCAAGCUACCGUCGAACUGGAACUGGACGACCGCAAUGUAACCGAAGAGGUUCAUACUUGGCAGGCCACAGUUAUCUGGGCUUUUCGUAAUGAUGGGCCGGGAAGCAAGAUCGCGGAAAGAACAGUGCAGGACCUGGUGCAAAACCUAGAAAUGGACGAGGUGCUCGUUCGCAGUGCACUCAGGUUUUGGGUCAAGAAGCUCGUUCUCCACGAGGUCGCACCCAAUAGGUUCGCCGUCAUGGAGACGCUAAAUCAAGAAGAUCGAGCACGAUCUAAAGCACAAUCGACCGCUUCUUCGGUUCCAGGAGCAAACGACGAAAGUGUUGAUGAUACAGGAAUGGGAGCAAACGAUGGAAUCGGGGAGGAGAAGUUGGGGAUAUAUUGGAAUUUCAUUCAGGGCAUGUUAACCAACAGCUCGCCCACAAUGGCAUUGCAGCAGAUCGCCAUGAUGCUUAAGAUGCUGAUCUCGGAAGGAUUCCCGCACAGCAACGAGGAGUUGCAAGAAUUUUUGGGCCGCAAGGUUGCGGGAGGGUCGUUAGAGCUGGUGGGAGGGAGAUACCGGCUUAAACGAUGAUGGCAUGGUUUGGCAUGGCAGUCUCCAAAGUUAUGAUACAAUAUGAUCUAGAAAUGACUAAGUCUGGAGCCCAUUUAAUUAGCAGUCGGCCCACGGGUAAGCCUAAAAAACCUCGUGUCUCAUGGUGGACAGAAAAGGCGGCACUCAAUUCCAAUGUCCCAAGUGAUGCUGAACAUUUCAAAUGCUUUCGAUGUUCCCUUAUUUGUCUUGCCGGUUAUUCAAAGUCAACUACUCCCUUCGAAUGUCCCCGAAGUUUUGAAACUUUUAAACCCUAUCCGUCGAUACCCGACUCUGACUGAGAAGACUGAAAAUGAAUUCCGCUUUUUCUUCUCGCGACGAGCAUGUUAAAGCGACUGUUGCAACCGC